AUGUUGAAACAGCAAAAUGGACAGCGGCAAGAGUCUCAGCCGACACAAGACGGUGAUGAACAGCCUACGUCUGAGCGACCAACACCGGGCUCUGCUCACCAAGACGAAGGAUCUCCAAGUUCACAUGGCUCGCCACCACAACAGACACCUCCACCUGAUGACCUCACAGGCCAGUCUACGGAUAGUCCAACUCCUAAUCUCACCGAGUCGACUUUACCGACAACUGUCACAGAUGGUGUAACAAUCACGGCAUCGGACACGGACCAAGGUAACCAACAUGAAGCCCCAGGAGAGUUGAUGAGCGACGUUUACGAUGAGUCGAUGCUCGACAACAUCCAAGGCUUUGUAUCAUACCUGUCAUCCCAUGGUCCGGCCAUGACAGCUUCGCAUCCCAUUGAAAAGACAUGGGUCUCAGCCGAGCCACCAUAUCCAGUGAUCGGCCAUGGCCAGCGCUGCAUCACCUGCGGUCGAUCCGACAGCCGCUUAUUAGAUGACGCACCUAUCACCAUCCCAAUAGGCCACCACACCUCCACCGGAAGCAUGUUCGCUCUUGAACCCGUUCGUCGCCUGAUUGGCGACUAUCCAAGGGAUUUCUUCUACCAGGUUGAGACAUGUCGAACCAGCAUCCCAGAACUCAGCUCUCGACAUGACCUGUCCCUCCUGCUCGCAUCCGUUGACUUCAUUGGCGGUGCCACAGAUGGUCUCGUUUCGAGCUACUUCACCAAUAUCAACUCUACGUUCCCGAUAUUGGACAAGACGUCUUUCACGGAUCUCUUUCAUCGGACUCUGAGAGGUGACCAGUGCGAAGAUGUCGAUGCAGCUGUCUGUCUGGUCGUGUUAGCCCUUGGGAAGCUGACCAGCACCGACUAUGAGGAUGUCAACUCCACAAACCACUCAUACGGCCUUGAAUAUUUCAUCCCUGCGUAUCAGAUACUGACAACGCAAUGGGUGACGUCCUUUGGCACCGAUCUUUCACUGCCGACAGGUCUGGUCCUCUCCGCUAUCUACAUGUCUUGUCUCGCUCGACCAUUGCUUGCUUGGAAACUCGUAUAUAUGGCGUCCAGUAAGCUGCAAAUGAUGGUGCCAAGUCGGAACCAGGGCAGCGUAGCUUUCUCAAACGCAGAGAAUGAGACCGUCGGUCGCCUCUUCUGGGCAUGUUUUCUACUGGAGUGGUAA